UCUUUCGUUAUUAUAUUGGUUAAAUAAGUUAGAUUUAGCCCAUGAUAUAAAUAAUACACAGGAAAAAAUAGAAAUAUUUAGAGCUCUUAAUAUUAAGCUAACCCACAAAAUAUAUAUCCGUAUUCUAUGUCAUACACUCAGAAAGUACAGUUAGGGUGAAUACAAACAAGCAGGUAAAAACAUGGACUCCGAGUACAUAAAGAGGCACUUGGGUAAGUGUCUAGCCGACGGGCUCGCUGAGGUGGCCGAGCAGCGGCCUGUGAACCCCAUCCAGUAUCUCGCCCACUGGCUCUACAAGUUCAGCUCAAAUGUUGAAUAUGAGAAGGAGAAAAAGGCCACCGUGGCGCUGCUGCUGCAGGAGCGGGCCAAAGCCCAGGAGGAGGCGUUGCACCAGGAGAAGCUGAGGGAGGAGGAGCAUCAGAUCAGAGAGACCUUGGAGGAGUCCAAAACAAAACAAAAUCAACAGAUUUCUGAGAAGCCCGAUGGGCCCCCGUCAGCCACAACAGGAGCCGCUGAGGACAACAAGCCUGGGACCGAAGAGGAACCAAAACCCUCUGAUCCAGAAAACCAGCAGGAUGCAGACGAAGCUCACACUGAAUCUCAGAUAAAAGAACCUGAACCGCAGAUUACAGAUAACGCGGCCGGUCCAGAGUCGCCUGGGAGAAAAACCUCCGAGGCCCUCAGCACCGAGGUCAAACAGGAGUCCGCAGAAAUGCCUGUUGAAAAAAACAUAAUGGAAGAAGAGAAAACAGAGGUGGAGACGGGUGACGGUGGCGUGGAAGAGGAAGCUGCAAUCCCCAAUCAGACAGAAGAGAAAGAUGUUGACGAAGAUAAAGAGAAGGUGGUUGAUGAACCCGAUGAAGUUGAUGAAGCUGAUGAAGCUGAUCAAACUGACGCAACUGAAGUGUUACGCUCGACUCCCGGCCAAGACGCUGACGACUUGACCCCAAACAUACAGGACAAACACAGCCCUCGUGACCCUCAAGACGCAGAGAAGGUCGAUGCAGGUGAAACCGAUAAAUUGGAGUCGGCACCACAGAGCGAAGAUACCAAACCAGAGGAGACACGGGAAUCUGGUUCCCCACCUCUUGAGGACCAGGAAAAGGCGGCUGACGGUCGAAGCUCAACCGAGAACACUGAUAGCUCGGCUCCAGCUGACAGUGACGUAACCGUAGAGGGGACAGCGUCUGGCGAGAGGCCGCAAGAGGAGCCUGAAAAUACUCGGCGUGACGCAGAGCACGUCCAGAUGAAGGAAGAAGAACAAGAAGCAGAGCUUUAGCGAUCAAGCCGGUGUCGUCUGAGGAUCCACCUUUUACGAAAAGUUUAAAUGAUUCUAUAGCUGCACUAUGUGUGUAGUUUGAUGUGAGAAUACAAAAAAGAUGCAAAUGAAUAAAAAUGG